CCCGUGUGCAAAACCGGAGGGGUGACACUUCCGGUGUAUCCAACGGCCAACUCCUGACCUUUUGACCUCCCCGUCCUAUCCUGUUCUUCCGGUAGAGCCCCCACCCACUUCUAACGGCUCUCUCACAAGCCGGCCAACUGACGCCAGACUCCUGGUGCGAAGCGCAGUCUCCACAGGCCGCCAGCUCGCUCCUGGUUUGUCCUGAGGACCAAGGCGCCUGGCUGCUCUGCUUUCACCAUCUUUUUCGCCACGCCCCUGCCGCCUGCUCUGCCUGUGCCCGCUAUGGCCACCGCAUCCUCAAGAGUGCGCCACAACUACCACCCCGAAUGCGAGGCUGCCGUCAACAGCCAUAUCCAGAUGCUGCUCUACGCCUCCUACGUGGCCUUGUCCAUGGCCUUCUACUUCGACCAAGACGACGUGGCGCUGAAGGGCUUCGCCUGCUACUUCCUGAAGCGCUCGUGGAUCGAGAGGGAGCGCUCGGAGAAGCUGCUGAAGAUGCAGAACCAGCGCGGAGGCCGCAUCGUCUUCCAGGACAUCGAGAAGCCUGAGCGCAACGACUGGGAGGGCGGCCUGCAGGCCAUGGAAGCUGCCUUCGACCUGGCCAAGAGCAUCAACCAGAGCCUGCUGGAUGUGCACGACGUGGCCACCAACAGGGGCGACGCCCACCUCUGCCACUUCUUGGAGACCAACUACCUGGACCAGCAGGUCCAGGACAUCAAGGAGCUGGGGAGCUACCUGACCAGCCUGCGUAAGAUGGGGACUCAGAACAGGGGUAUGACAGAGUACCUCUUUGACAGGCUCACCCUGGGUCCGGACAAAAAGGAGAACUGAGCCGAGACUGCCCCCAUUGACAGGGGUGAUGUCCUGGACCUGAUGGGUGCACUGCUCAUUCCACACGCUCACCUCAGUUUCUUCCCUUCAGUUUCAGCACUGUUUACAAUAAAGUUAUAUGGUUC